AUGGCGUUGAUGCAAGGCCUUUUGUUGCUCUUGUGGGCUUAUACUGCGGUAGCAGAUUGGAGCCCCAAGGUUAAAAAGUCGAAAUGGUCAGGCGUGACGAGAUUUCAGUCGUUUGAGGACUCUCCCGUAAUACUAGCCAUGGGCUCCGUUGGCGUUCCUAAGAUUUCUAAAGACAACGGAGAAAAUUGGAGUGAAAUCAAAACUGUGGGUCGCAGUGCUUCUUUUGUUCAGGUUGAUCCAAACUACAAGGCAAAUCGCGCAUUUAUUUUCGGGGGCGAGGAUAAAAAAAAUCUUUACAUGACAACAGAUCAGGGAGAUUUCUGGUCUCGCCUCAAUGUGCCAUUCCCGUCCUUCAAGAGAGAUAGUUACCUCAACGUGAAUGUGCAAUCUAACGGCCUUGCGGAAAGCGACCUGUUGGUGAUAAUAACGAUAUGUGAUAAAAUCUGCACGUCUAACGGGUUUGUGACGAGCGACUUGAAAAACUUCAAAGAGAUCCAGCUGUCCGAAAAGAGCUUCGAGACUAUCAAUUGUCAAUAUUCAGGAUUUGCCGGAAGGGAAGACACUUUCCACAAUAUUCUUUGUGACGCAUCGUACGCGGAUGAGGGACCUCCCACUCAGAAGGUAAUUGUUUCGAAAAAUGGUGGUGCGCAAUUUGAAGAGCUCGAGCAAUUUCAAAAUAGCGAUGUUCGCGAGGUAAGCGUCACGUCUAACUAUGUUGUAAUCUCGACAGUCGAAGACCGUUACAACAGUGACUCGUCACAAGCACUCUGGAUCUCGCGAGACGGUCAAAACUUCGAGAAAGCACUGCUCCCAACCGGUUUUAGGGGUUCGUUUUACGUAUCGCCACUAUCCAAGCACUCCAACAGGUUGAUGCUCUUGUCUGGGUUAAGGGGCCUCAAAUAUCCAGGACACGGUCUUGUACUAUCGGACUCAGAAGGCCUCAAAUUUUCCCCAGUGUCUGCUUUUCCCACCGACCAUGCAGGAAUUCACAUGGUUUCUGAUGUCAGUGGUUUAGAAGGCGUCCUCGUGUGCUCUUUUACUGACUUUUUCGACCGCACGGGUAAUCAACCUACUGUCACCACGAAAAUAUCUUUCGACGGCGGGUGGUCUUGGUCCAAUCUGCGUGUGGACGAUGUCAAUGACGAGUUCGACUGUGAUACCGAUGAUCCCACAAAUUGCUCUCUUUCGGCACUCCUUAUGCCCUCCAUGAUGUUUGGCAACGAACCAAGCCUUGUUUUGCCGGGACUGCACUAUUUGGUAGGAUUUGUGGGAGAGGAAAAAGCCACUCCCGGUAUGGGACCAAACAUGCAAACUUUCAUAACAAACGAUGGUGGCGAAACAUGGAAAAAAGCUUUUGAUUUUCCUGUGGCUAUUCAAUAUGGCGAUUACGGUAACAUCAUGGUUGCAUUUCCAUUCACACCAGACUCGGACGGAGACCCAGCCGCAGAGUUUUACUAUUCCCUAGACCAAGGUGAAACCUGGGUCGAGUAUCAAUUGAAAGAGCAAGUGGCGAUUGGAAGCUUUUCAGCCACAACGAUAGACGGGUCUGGCACGAGGUUCAUAAUGCAAGGUAUGGACUUUAAGAAUUUAGCAAAAUCCUGGCUUUACUCCCUUGACUUCUCUGACCUCUUUGAUGAGAAGAAGUGUGGGGAAGAUGAUAUGGAUGACUGGUAUUCAAACGGUGGUAACUGUAUUGAUGGAACAAGGCGCAAGUACACCAGAAGAAAGUAUGACGCGGAAUGUCUAAUCCGAGAAACAUACAGGGAUCUUGAGUUUGAGGAAGAGGUUUGCCAAUGUACUGAAGCUGAUUAUGAAUGCUCACCUGAAUUUUACCUCGGACCUAGCGGUGACUGCGAGUUGGAUUUCGGAUCUCUUGAGCAAUCGCAGAGUUGCAGAGCUGUGAAGAAAGGCGAAAAGCUAAAGUUGCCCCCCAAGAAACUUCAGAGGGGAAACAAAUGCGAUGAUCCAUUGGCCAUAGAUCCAAAGGAAAUCAAUUGCGACGGACUUACCGAUUCGGAUAGAACAGAGCCAGUGGUCGUGUUUGAGAAUACUCUUCAAUCCGAACUUAAAUCGUACCAGUACUUCAACACCAUUUCUGAUGAGACUGUUCUUUUCAGAGAUACUAAAAAUGAGGUUUACGUCUCUUAUGAUAGUGGGAGAAGCUUGAAGAAGCUCAUGAGCAAAGUCACUGAAGUUAUUUUCAACCCUUACUUCAACACCAGUGCCUACAUCUUCGGGGCGGACAACCAAUUGCAUAUCACAAAUGAUCGAGCAAGAACCUUCCAAAUGUUCAAAUUGCCGGAGUCGAAGCAACUUGGAUUUCCUUUAUCAUUCCACGCGAAGGACCCAGACACUUUCAUUUAUUAUGGAGGCAAAGGUUGUGAGAGCUUUCUAGACCCACAUUGCCAUGUAGUCGCGUACAUUACCAGAGAUGGGGGGAAUAUUUUCACGGAGCUCAAAAGUGGUGCAAGGAACUGCGAUUUUGUCGGUUCGUUGUAUGAAGAGCCUUCUGAUCCGGAUAUGCUACUGUGUUCCAUUAGUGAGCCCGGAUCUAGAGGACAUAGCUUAGUAACCAGCGUUGAUUUUUUUGAGAGUGAGCCCCAAACAGUUUUUGAACAUGCUCUCGGCUUUGUAUCCGUUGGAGAAUACACCGUGGUCGCUAUCCCUCAUGAAGAUCAAGAACUAAGAGCAUUUGUGACUAUUGAUGGUCAAAGUUUUGCUGAAGCCAAACUGCCUGCUGGAUUAGGCACUGACAAACAGCAGGCUUACACAGUGCUAGGAUCACAAAAAGGCGCCAUUUUUUUUCAUCUUACUACCCACAUGAAUGAAGGCCAAGAAUUUGGAGCGCUUAUGAAAUCCAACUCCAAUGGAACUUCCUUUGUAACUCUAGAGCGUGCGGUCAAUAGGGGGCCCAAAGGAUUUGUUGAUUUCGAAAAGCUCGAGGGUCUUGAAGGUAUAAUACUGAUUAACACCGUUGAUAAUGUCGAGGAGUUGGAAUCUGACUCUAAAGCUCAAAAGCGUCUGAAAUCGAAGAUAUCGUUCAAUGAUGGUGCUGAUUGGACUUACCUAGAGCCACCAAUUAAGGACUCAGAAGGCAAAAAAUACAAAUGCAAUCCAAAAAAUAAGAAAUCCUGCUCUUUGAAUCUUCAUGGAUAUACUGAAAGAACUGAUCAAAGGGACACCUACUCUUCAGGCUCGGCCCUCGGCUUUGUUAUAGGGGUCGGAAAUGUAGGAGAAUAUUUGUUGCCUGUCGACGAAUGUUCCACAUUCAUCAGUGUGGACGGUGGCUUCACUUGGAAAGAGAUCAAAAAGGGCGUAUACCAAUGGGAGUACGGAGAUCGAGGAAGUAUAAUAGUUUUGGUCAAAGAUCGCACUAAAACAGAUUCAUUGAUUUAUUCAGUUGAUUCUGGAGAAUCAUGGAUUGAUCAUAAGUUUUCUGAUGAAGAAGUGUAUGUGGAAGAUCUGGUAACUACACCCCAAGAUUCAGCCAUGCGAUUCCUCAUCAUUGGAAAAUCUUCCAAAGUGACGGGCAAACAAACGCGCACUUAUACCGUUGACUUUACGAAUGCCUUCGAACGUCAGUGUAAUCUACAGAGUGGCGACUACGUUUAUCGUAGUUUUGGAGAAUGCCUCUUUGGUCAUAAAGCAGAAUACUUGCAAAAAGUGAAUGAUAAGUGUUACAACGGAGCUGCUCCUCUUGAUGAAAUGAUGAGGAUUGCGAAAACGUGUGCUUGUACUCGAAUGGAUUUUGAAUGCGACUACAACUUCUUCAAAGCAGCCGAUGGCACAUGUAAGCUUGUUGAGGGUACGGAACCUUUAGACGGGGACGAAAUGUGCGAGAAGUACGAUGACCUUAUCGAAUAUUUCGAACCCACGGGCUACAGGAAAAUACCGCUGUCAACAUGUCAAGGUGGAUUGGAAUUGGACAAGUCCUCUCGUAGUCAUGCAUGCCCAGGCUUCGAAGAGGAAUUCAGAAGACGUCAUAGGGUUACUAACGGCCGUUUGGUCGCUAUUAUAAUCAUUCCAAUUUUCGUUUUCAUCACUGCCGCUUGGUUUGUGUACGACCGUGGUGUGAAACGCAACGGUGGUCUUUCUCGUUUUGGGGAAAUUAGAUUGGGAGACGAGGAGCUAAUUGAACAGAACGGACUUGACAAAGUUGUGAAUUCGAUUGUCAAGGUCGGUGUGUUAGCUUUUUCUGGUCUUGUGACUGCCAAGCAAUUGUCCACACGGGCAGCUCAAAAUACGUGGCAGCGACUACGUUCUAGACUGUCAGGAAACACAGGCGGCCCAACCUACUUUUCGCUGAAUCGCGACCAAUUUCUGGACGAGGCCGAUGAAUUGUUGGCCGGCCACGAUGAGGAUGCGAAUGACCUAACGAGUUUUCUUCACGACGAUGAAAAUUACGACAUUCCGACAGAAGAAGAACAAAGCAAUGAUACAGCAAGACCCUACCGUGAUGAAGUUGAUGAGCCUGACAAUGAAGUUCGUGCUGACGAAACCACUAACAGUUGA